AAAAAUCGGUGGGAUGUCGCUUUAAGGUUGCUAUGGGAACGGCACACGCGCUCUGUCCGGUUUCUCCAGCUUCUUCUGCUGUCUAGGCAAAGCCGGCCCGUCUCUCCUUGAACCGCUUUAGCGGACGUCAUGUCGUCAAAAACAGGUGAAGUGGACAUUUCGCUGACAGGUGCGUGUGGCAGCUCCUCCUGUGUCUCUAGCAGAAGCCUAACACAGCCCGCUGUCUCUGCCUCUCACUCUCCGCCCUGCGCCCUGACUGACUGACUCUGACUCUGACUCUCCUCCUCUACGCAGUUCCACCUGGUCUAAAAAAUGGUGUCGCUGCUGCUGAUCUCACUCCCUCUGCUCCCCGUUGUCGUCAUGGCUACCACACUUUGCCACUCACGGCUGCUGGCUCUUUGUCGCCGUGUGUGCGCUAGGGUGAUGAGGUUCUUUCGCGGGAGGGUGUGUGUGAGCAGCACACAUGCUUACGUCUUCUCAGAGUGCACCCACGGUCAGGCUGCCAGCGUGCUGGACACGUUCGACCUGUACGCCAAGACGCACGCCUCAUUCAGCAUCGGGCCCGAAAAAGGUGAGUUUGUGGAGGAGGUGGUGAGGCGUGAGGCUCCUCUCAGGGUUUUGGAGUUGGGCCUGCACUGCGGCUACACCUCCAUCAGAAUACUGCGCCAGCUGCCCACAUCUGGCAGGCUGCUGACUGUAGAGUUGGACCCCCUCACUGCUGAGAAGGGAGAGGAGAUCAUACUGGUGGCCGGUUUCAAAAGCCCACAGUUCCAGGUACUGACCUGCUCCUCAGCUGCAGCAAUCUCAAACUUGGCGUCUCAUCUUGGUGAGAGCUGUUUAGACCUGGUUGUCAUGGACCACGACCCUGAACAGUACCUUCCAGACCUGUUGGCCCUGCAGAGAGGACAGCUUAUGUCUCCCCGCUGCGUCCUCCUCCUCAAUGGGAUACUGCAGCCUGGAGCUCAGGCCUUGCUGGAGUACGUCACUGCCAGACCUCAGCACUACAGUGUAGGCCAGCACAUUAAAGACAUGGUGGAGAUCCACUAUCAUAUAUCCACGUAUUUCCAGAGAGAGGAGAGAUAGCGCUAUGUGGAGUGAUGUCAGGGUUUUAGAUUUGGAAUAUACCAGGAAAAUUUAUAUCAUCACUCAUCAAAAUCUUGUAACUCCAAUUUUAUGUUGUUUUUUACAGCCUUUGAAUGUGUCAGAUGCCAAUUAAACUGUGUAAACAUUUUAUCACAAAUAGAACCAACAGAGAAGGUCCAAACUGAAUGACCUCUAUCUCCUCAUGUUGUGUAGAUACAGGAUACAAAGAGAAAUGGUCUGCUUUUGAAAUGGGAUGAUUAUUAAUAAGUUUAGUAAUAUCAGUCAUUUCAUGAAGAGUUCCAUUUGAGUCUACAACAUUUGAUACAAGAGACAAACAUCUGCUAGUACAUGUUUAUAGAUAGAUAGAUAGAUAGAUAGAUAGAUAGAUAGAUAGAUAGAUAGAUAGAUAGAUAGAUAGAUAGAUAGAUAGAUAGAUAGAAAUAUAUAAUUUAUAACAUUUUCAUUAACAUAGAGUGUGAAAUGUAAGGGAAAAAUGAGUGUAUAUAUAUAUAUGUAUAUAAGAUGUGUGUAUGGGUGUCAAAUGUGUAGCUGUUUCUGCAUGGACACUAUAUAUAUCAAUUUAAUAUAAAAAUUAUUUUUAAUAAAUUAUAACUUGAUAUAAUUUAAGCAUUUAGAGAAGCCAAAUUUAAAAGCUUAAAAACUGGUAAGAUUAAUAAAAAUCUUUGAUUGA